AGUCGACCAACUUUUACCUAUAGCGAUAGCCCUACUACGAUUCUGAUUUCCCACAAUCGGCGUGUCGUACUGUCUUUUAAGUGUCUAUCUGUCUAGCAGACAGUCGAGACUGUUAGUUGUUACUUAACUCAACCUUUAGUAUUUAAUAUUUAUUCUACUUUCUACAGAGACUGGACAAUACAUUUUUACUUAACAUUAAAAUCAUAUUAUUCGCGUUUAUUAUCCAGAGAUAAUAUUGGCAUUUCACAUUUGCCAAUUCUACUUUCCGUUUCUAGAACGAGCAUCCAAUUUCCUCUAGACUCGCUUUGCUGUGUACAUUUUUUGACAAAAAUGUCUAUAGAGGAAUUCUUGGACGGAAUGCCAACCUUUGAUGAACGCAAUUUUUCUCAAUUCUAUCCAAGCAGUUUUAUAUCUAGACGUAUACCAGUUUACAUAAAAACAACUGAUACACCUUCUGAACAAGUUAUUGUUAAUGACACGUCAACUGUAUUACUCAGAUAUUUUCAUAAGAAAUGGGAUAUAAAGAAGAAAGAUAAAAAAAGAGAAAACGAUGAAAUAGGUGAAGAAUCUGGCCCAUCAACAUCAACUAGUAAACGUUCAAGAAUUUAAUGUUAAACCCCUUGUGAUAAAAUGAUUCUAAUAUAUGUUUAAAUUUACACAGCAUCACUUGUUUGGUGAGGAUAAGCGCUACCUGCACAAUAAUUGUUACUGUUUGUCCA